UUCCAAUCUUCAUGGUUCUUUCUACUCUUCUUGCAUCGAAGUUAGGGCUCACAAGCUCUUUGCGUUCGGGGUGAUUGAGCGAUCGAUCAGGGCACAGCGUUGAAUCGAGAGCGAGCACGCCGCAUCACAAGUUCCCCCCCUGCGUGCCGCCGCGGAAGAGUGAGGAGCUCCGAUUCACCUUCCCUGUCGGCGGCCUCCUAACGAGAGAGGAACCGGAAGUGGUGGAUGUUUUGAGGUGCUUUUUUGAUGGAUCUGAAUGCGUCACCUUUGCCUGAAGAAGAUGAGCGAUCAUACAAGGAGCAUUUGGAGGGUGAAAUCGUACACGAGGAAAUUAUCGAGUCUGCCGUUGCUACAAUGCGACGGGAACGUGAAGAAAGGCGGCAGAAGUUGAAAAGAGAAAACCGUGAUGAAGGUCAUAAAUAUUCUCAACAACAGAGGAACAAUUAUAUGUCACAAAGUAGAAACACUAAGCAUCAUGGGAGAGUUAAGGAGGUUCCUCAAGGUUGGCUAGAUUGCCCUUCAUAUGGGCAAUGCAUAGGGCUCAUAAUUCCUUCAAAAGUUCCUCUGGAUGAGACAUACAAUGAAAGUGUUCUACCUGGAAAAAGAUAUUCUUCAAAACAAGUCAUUAAUAAACUAAGAAGUCAAGGCCGUGAACUUGGACUGGUCAUUGAUUUGACUAAUACAAGCCGUUAUUACUCGCAAUCAGAAUGGAUAAAGAUAGGCAUUAAGCAUGUCAAGAUUCCAUGUAAGGGACGAGAUUCUGUACCAGAUAAUGAGUCUGUAAAUAUAUUUGUUCAUGAGGUUUUACAGUUCCUGUCCCGCAUGAGACAUUCAAAGCGGUAUAUUCUUGUUCAUUGCACUCAUGGGCACAACCGAACAGGAUUCAUGAUUAUCCAUUUCCUCAUGAGGACACAACGUCUACAUGUUUCUGAGGCAUUGCAAAGGUUUGCUCAGGCACGCCCUCCUGGGAUAUAUAAGCAAGACUAUGUUGAAGCACUUUAUAAAUUUUAUCAUGAAUGUCCUGAGAACAUUGUUUGCCCUUCUACUCCAGAAUGGAAAAGGUCAUCUGAUCUUGACUUGAAUGGUGAAGCCGUACAAGACGAUGAUGAUGAUGAUGACGGUGACACUGGAUCUGGAUUGUGUGAGAAUGUGGAUAUUAAAAUUUUAACAAAUGAUGAUGUUCUAGGUGAUGCAAUACCUUAUGAUCAGCAAGAUGCAAUGCGCCACCUCUGUUACCAAUUCCUUGAUUUAAUGCCACCUACGGGAAGAACAAACCCACAAUUUCCUGGUUCACAUCCAGUUUCUCUUAACAGAGAUAAUCUGCAACUACUAAGACAAAGAUACUACUAUGCUACAUGGAAGGCUGAUGGAACCCGCUACAUGAUGUUCAUUAACAGUAAGGGGUGCUACCUAAUUGAUCGAAACUUCUGUUUUCGUAGGGUUCAAAUGCGGUUUCCCCUAAAGAAUGCUGCUGAGAGUUUCCAUAAUGAUACGUUGAUUGAUGGGGAAAUGAUUAUCGACCAAAUUCCAGAUGUAGGACAGAAGAGAAGAUAUUUAGCAUAUGAUUUGGUUGCAUUAAACGGUUUCUCCGUUAUGAAGUUGCCGUUUUCUGAAAGGUGGAAACUACUUGAAGAAGAAGUAAUUCGACCAAGGAAUUAUGAGAGAAAGCAAUUAGAAUCUGACAGCAAGGGACAUCCCAUUUAUAGAUAUGAUAUGGAGCCAUUUUCAGUUCGCAGGAAGGAUUUUUGGUUUUUGUCCACUGUUACUAAGCUUUUAAAGGAGUUCAUUCCAAGGCUUUCACAUGAAGCUGAUGGUCUUAUAUUUCAGGGUUGGGAUGAUCCAUAUAUACCACGUACGCACGAGGGUCUCUUGAAAUGGAAAUACCCAGAAAUGAAUUCUGUUGACUUUCUUUUCGAGGUUGGAAGUGAGAAUCGCCAAAUGCUUUUCCUGUAUGAGCGUGGGAAAAAGAAACUAAUGGAUGAGGCUCGGGUGUCAUUUCCAGGUGUGGAGGAUGCUCUUAACCUGUCCGGCAAGAUUGUUGAGUGUUCUUGGGAUCAAGAAGAGGGCUGCUGGACGUGCAUGCGUAUUCGAACAGAUAAAUCUACACCUAAUGAUAUCAACACAUACCGAAAGGCAAGCUUGGAUUCACCACAUGAUAGUAACAAAAAACACUUGCAUUCCUAAUGGUGAUGCGCAGCAUCAAGGACAACAUUACUGAAGAAGUGCUGCUAAACGAAAUAGCUGAAAUUGUGCGCCUCCCAAUGUACACAGAUAGGAUAGAACGAGCGCAGCAAAUCCAACACAGGCAAAGGUGAAAAAAGUGUUCUCUGUAAAGUAGUUUGAUGACCGAAGAUCAUUACAAAAUCACACGGGCCUCUAUCUUUUCGUACACACUGUGAUUUUGAUUCUUAAAGAACAUAAAUCAAGAAAUUCAACCCAAGCUUCUUUUCCAUUAGCCUCGGGUCCUCGAAGACCUAAAAUUUAUAAUCGACUUGCUGUCAGCAACUAGUAGUUGAUAUCUGUCCAGGAUGUCGAGCAGUUUGGCGAUUGCAGACAGCUCGAUCAAAUCCUAAGCCAGCGGCCAUUGUAUAUACACUUUGUUAUAUGUGAAGUAAUCAUUUUUCUUAUAUUGUCCUAGUGCCAGAUGAGGAAACAUAGAGUAAGUAUCCAAUGGUUGCUCUUCAUUUUCUUUAUCUUCUCUAUGGAUGUUAGAAUGACAGUUACAUUUUUUUUUUUUUUUACUUUGUUCAUGUUGGCUCUCUUCCCCACCAUCAGAUCAAACGGGGUUGGAAUCUGAGCCGUUAAAUCUCUGGCCUACAAACAACUGUGGCAACCCACGGCCACGGUGCAGUUGUCCAACCCGGUUUGAUCUGACAAUGGGACGAACCUCCAUAUAUAGUAAAUUUGUGACCUUGAUAACUCUCAUCUCCUGGAUGUGCUCAGGUCAAGAAUGCAAAAUCUGGUAUGUUAUUUUCCUUCCUGUUAAUUUUGUUUUCAUGAAUCUGCUAUUAGUUUUAUUCAAGUUUGAGUUCUUGUUCAUUGUAUUGUAUUCAGGGUAUCCUUAAAAAAAAAUGGAAAAGGUGGUGAUAAAAUGAAGCUUUGGCAUUUCAAGUUUUCAACAGUGGGGUACGAAGUUUUCAACCUUCUCCUUUGUCUAAAAGUAAAAAAAAAUGAAACAAAUAUUUAUUAUUACACUUUAUUGACACAAAUUUUUAGUGGUGGAAAGUUGUAAUGAUUUUGUCGUAAAGUAGUUUCCAUGGAGGCAAUAGAAGAAUACUAGAGUUUUUCUCUUUAA